CCAAAAGGCAGAAAUAGACUCACUCCAUGCAAGUGCUUGAGUUUUGCAUGUCAAGAACUGACCAAUGUGUCAACCUUGCUGUGAUAAUUUCAGAAUGAGGACCCAAAGACGCGCCAAACUCACCACAGUUAAAUUAUUUUCUGCUACCCAAGAGAUGAAGAGAUGCAGCUCUUUCAGGAAGUUCUCGCCUUUGCUUAGAUGGCCUCUGCGGUGGGCUAAUUUAAUAGAAGUGUACAUUUGGGACUGAAAUUACUAAGAAAAUUGUAUGUGCUUUUUUUCUUUGGCUUUAUAAACAUCCUUAUACCCUAAAUAACCAAGGAGAAUGUGAAUAUUUUUGUCUAAGUUAUCAUUAUGUUAUGUUAAUCUGGACACUUCCGUGAAGAAAUCACUCUUGGGUAAAGUAGUCACCUAGACAGAGUUGGUGCUCAGAAGGAACUUCAACACUCACACUUGUAUGACAUCACUUCUCCUCCAGGCUUCCUGCUCAGCUCUGUGAUCCACACCGUUCUUUAAAAAGCACAAACACAUCUCUGCACCCUCCUUGGUACAUCACUUCUCAUGGCAGUUUCUAUGAUCACUCGGUGGAGGCUGCUGUCCGUGAUCUUUGGAAUAAAAUGUCUUUUCUUGAUGGUUACUUUGGGAGUUUUGGUGAUAAAUUCAUUUAUUAUAAAGAACAUUCAAUCAAUACCUCCAACAUCCACUGUAGAAUUCCAGGAAGUUUCUGAAUGCUGUGCUUGCCUGGAAAAGUGGAUUGGAUAUCAAUGCAACUGUUACUUUAUUUCCAAAGAAGAAAUGUCUUGGAAAGGAAGCAGAGAUUUCUGUGCUUCUCAGAAUUCCAGUCUUCUUCAGCCUCAAACUAAAAAUGAAUUGAGUUUUAUGAGCUCCAGUCAAACCUUUUUCUGGAUUGGAGUGCGUUAUAGUGAAGAAAGAAAUGCCUGGCUAUGGGAGGAUGGCACAGUUCCCUCAAAAGAUGAAUUUCCAGAGUUCUCAAAUAUCAUCAGGCAAGAACACUGCAUUGUUUAUAGUCCAAGCAAAGCAGUUACUGCCGAACCCUGUAAAAAUAAAAACCGUUAUAUCUGUAAGCAACUUCCUAUUUAAAUGCUUCUUAAGGCAAAGGGUAUAGACAAGAAAGGUCCAGGGUUACUGAAAACAGCAGCUCUCAGAGUCGCUACCUUUCCAUCUCGUGUCUGUAAAAAGUUUCUGUUUGCUAGCAUAUAAUGUUCAUACAUUUGAACCCAAGUAAUUUAUGCUUGAUGACUUUUUUCACAUUUGUGCAUAAAAUUAGGAUGAAGCAAUAUAGAGAGGUUUUAUAAAUAUUUUGAUUGUUGAAAUAUAAUUUUAUUCACCUAUUCCUGUAAAGUUUUCUUGGAAACAUUAAAUAAAAUUUAU